AGAACACAAUUAUAGGAAUUAAUUGUAUAUAUAUACCCAUGUACAGAUUAAUUAAAAUCAAUGAGAAUCAUCUCUUUCUACAUGGUAUCAGAGCAGGUCAUCAAUCUAGGGUGACUAUUUAUUCUCGCUACCCAGCUUAGGAGAGACCUUAGCCGCCGACCAGCCGUUUCAACCCCGAUCAACAUUGCCGGCGUUGCCUCAACCCCCUCAUUCCACCACUGUGUGCUGUUGCUUGAUCCAGUAUACCAUUAAAGGACUUCUGAGGUUUGGCUCUCAGAUCCUAUUUCGGUAUUUGCUUGAUUUGUGAUUUUGGGUUAUUUUGCUGCUAUAAGCACUUUGGAUUAGCGUUUAGGUUAGUUUUCUUUGUCUCAACAAAUGGCAGACAAUAAGAAUGUUAUUUCUGUUGUGAUUCCAGUGAUGACUAAGAUCACGGAACACAAACUUAAUAGUUCGAAUUACAUGGAGUGUAGUAAGACUGUUAGGGUCUAUUUGCGUAGCAUUGAUAAAGAUGAUCACCUUACUAAAGAUUCACCCACUGAUGAUACACGACAAACUUGGCUAAGGGAGGAUGCUCGUUUGUUUUUACAGCUUCGGAACUCGAUUCAUAGUGAGGUAAUUAGUUUAAUUAAUCACUGUGAAUUUGUUAAAGAAUUGAUGGAUUACUUAGAUUUUCUGUAUUCUGGUAAAGGAAAUAUCUCCCGUAUUUAUGAUGUUUGUAAGGCAUUCUACCGUGCUGAGAAAGAGGAUAAGUCUCUCACGGCUUAUUUUAUGGAUUUUAAACGGGUAUAUGAGGAACUUAAUGUAUUGUUGCCUUUUAGUCCUGAUGUGAAAGUUCAGCAGGCCCAACGGGAGCAACUGGCUGUUAUGAGUUUUCUUGCAGGCCUUCCUUCAGAGUAUGAGACUGCUAAAUCUCAGAUUCUCUCCAGUCCUGAGAUUUCCUCUUUGCAUGAAACAUUCACAUGGGUCCUUCGUACAGAGAGUACUCAAUCUUCACAGCCUGCCAGUAGUGCUCUUAUUAGCCGUAAUCCAAAUGGACAACAGGGUAAUAGAAGAGGAAGUAGAGGAGAAAUUACAGGCAACAGAAGUAAUCAGCGUAAUGGAGAGGCUAGUUCUAAUCAGGACUCAAGAUGAGUCAUUUGUUAUUAUUGCCAUGAGCCUGGCCAUACAAAAUAUAAUUGUCCGCAACUUCAGAGGAAAAAUCAGCGAUCACAGAUGGCAAAUAUGGCAGCAGAGAAUUCUACAGUAUCUUCCUUUGAAAAAACUAUUUUGGUAUCUGCAGAGGAUUUUGCACAAUUUUCACAGUAUCAGGCAUCUCUAAAGCCUACCAGUUCCCCUGUCACUGCGAUCGCUGAGUCAGUGUUUGUUUCAAGAUCUUACGACGAAGCAGAUUAUUGGUAGAGGACGCGAGUCAGGUGGUCUCUACAUUCUGGAAAAUCAUGUACCGCGGUCGCUUGUUUGCUCUAGUACCUUAACACCUCUUGAAGCUCAUUGUAGAUUGGGUCAUCCUUCUUUGUCUACCAUGAAGAAGCUGUGUCCUCAAUUUCAGUCUUUAUCAGUACUAGAAUGUGAGUCGUGUCAGUUUACAAAACAUCAUCGUUUGCCUUCUGUGUCUAGAGUCAAUAAACGGGCUUCAUCCCCUUUCGAGUUAGUUCAUUCUGAUGUUUGGGGUCCUUGUUCUGUUACAUCUAAAACUGAAUUUCGUUAUUUUGUUA